AUGAUUAAAAUUGAUAUAAGGAGGAAUUAUGUUACAAGUGUUAAGCGUAACCCACAAAAGGACAUGGGCAUUGAAAUUACGGAUCGAGCUGCUGAACAACUUAAAACUUUAUCGAAAACAGAGAAGAAUAAUAACCUCGCGUUAAGAAUAACUGUUGAUUCAGGAGGAUGCCAUGGAUUUCAAUACUUUUAUGAUUUAACGGAAGAAUCUUCUUUCAAAGAUGAUGAUGUGGUCUUUGAGAAUGAUGGAGCAAAAGUGGUUGUGGACAUGACAUCCUUAGGAAUGGUCAAUGGUUCAAAAAUAGAUUAUACCGAAGAGUUAAUCGGAUCUCAGUUUCAGGUUGUUGAUAAUCCUCAAGCUUUGUCGGGUUGCGGGUAA